GCUCCUUUACCCGCUGGGCUCAUCAAUAUUUAUACAGGAAAUGUCACCAGUUGCUCUGGCAGGGUCUCCCCUUUAUACAGGAAAUUUCACCAGCUGCUGCAGCAGAAUCUUCCCCUGUGGGUAUUGUCCUUUCAGCAAUCACAGAGUCAUAGAAUUACAGAUGGUUUGGGUUGGAGGGACCUUAGAGACCGUCCAGUUCCAGCCUCCCUCCAUGAGGGGAUGGUGGCACUGGGGGGUCUCCACAAGGGGAUGGAGGCACUCAGGGGUCUCCAUAAGGCAACAGUGGCACUGGGGGGUCCUCAGAGGGGAUGGCAGCACUGGGGGUCCUGUGAGGAGACAGCAGCACUGGGGAGUCCCCAUGAGGGAACAGUGUUACUGGGGGGUCCCACGAGGGGAUGGCUGCACUGGGGGGUCCCCAUAAAGGGAUGGUGGCACUGGGGCAUCCCGUGAGGGGAUGGCAGCGCUGCGGGUGUCUCCACGAGGCAGCUUCUGUUGUAGAAGUUACCAGAAGUUAUCCGGCAACUUCAAUUUUGUUUACAAAAGGGUGCGAGGUGGAGGUUUCCACGAAGGAAACACACCAAAGGAGGCCUUCUGUCUGGAAAAGUGUGCGAUGCUGUAGCAGGGCUCCUCAUGCUCCUGUCAGCCAGGACUGCCUGUCAGCAUCCCCUGAAGGACCCACAGUAAGGAAAUUGAACAUUUUUCAACAUGCCCCAGACACGCAACAAGUGGACAACCGAGAGCAACAGGUUUUAAACUGUUCUGGUAAUGGGAACUCCAGGAGGUUUUUAGAGGUGACUUUGGGGAGAGACAUCACAAAGCUCAAAAAAGAUGUGGUGGCGAAGACACCAAGGUGGAAAGGAAAGGAGGAGGAGAAGAAAAUGAUGGAACCGCUUACUGAGGUUAAGGAAGCCAAGGAGAACAUGGUUGUGAAACCACCACCUCAGUUGGAGGGAAUCAAGAAGACAACAGUAAAAACAGUCCCUGUGGUGCAGGGAAACAAGGAGAAAAUGACAGUGAGACCAGCUCCAGGGAUGGAAGAAGCCAAGGAAAAGAUGACAGUGAAACCCCUUCCCAGGGCACAGGAAACCAAGGAGAAGGCAACAGUGAAACCAUCCUCUGGGGUGAAGGGAGCUCAUGAAAACAACACAUCCAAAGACCAAUCAAAACCCAAAGAGCCUCCUGUGUCAGUGAAAACUGUAAGACCUGUUCCUCAGGCUGCUGCAGUGACAAAAAAGACAAAACUGAGCGCUGCUAACUACACAUCUGAGCCACACUGGGAUUUCGAGGACAAGUACCUGCUGGAUAACUCCUCUCCAGCAUCGACCUGCUCUGAAUCAGUGAGGGCCAGAGCUGCCAAGUCUGACUGGCUGCGGGAUCUCUUCCUGCCCAACAUCAUGAUCUUCACAGACAAGAGAUACUUCAAUGACAGUGAAUGGAACCGCCUGGAGCAUUUUAUACCCCCAUAUGGCUUCAUGGACCUGAAUUAUUCACUGGUGAAGGAGGUCAUGUCCCUGCUGCCCCCGAAUCCCCACCAGCAGCUGCUCCUGGCCAACCGUAACAGCAGCGUUCCAACAUGCAUCAGCUGUGCUGUCGUGGGGAAUGGAGGAAUACUGAAUAACUCUGGGAUGGGCCAGGAGAUCGACUCCCAUGACUAUGUCUUCCGGGUGAGCGGGGCUGUAAUCAAAGGUUACGAAAAAGAUGUGGGAACAAAAACCUCCUUUUAUGGAUUCACAGCCUUCUCCCUGGUUUCCUCUCUUCAGAUCCUGGGACACAGAGGGUUCAGCAACAUCCCCCGGGAGAAACAUGUCAAAUACAUUCACUUCCUGGAGGGUGCUAGAGACUAUGAGUGGCUGAAGGCUCUCCUGUUCAACAAGGACAUCAGGAAAGGAUUCUUGAACCUCGGCAGGGAGAAGCCCCGGCAGAAAUUUGACAAAGAUUUCACAAUGGACAGAUACCUGGUGGUUCACCCUGAUUUCCUCAGAUACAUGAAAAACAGGUUUUUAAAAUCUAAAAAUCUGGAAAAGCCCUACUGGAGGCUGUACAGACCCACAACAGGGGCCUUCCUGCUGCUGACUGCCCUCCACCUCUGUGACCGGGGAGCUCUCCAUCUUUCCCAGGUGAGUGCCUAUGGCUACAUCACGGAGGGGCAUGAGAAGUACUCAGAUCACUACUACGACAAGGACUGGAAGCGGCUGAUUUUCUACAUUAACCACGACUUCAGACUGGAGAAGGAGGUGUGGAAAAAGCUUCAUGAUGAGAAUAUCAUAAAGCUUUACCAGAGAUCCUGAUUGUGAGGCAAGGGCCAUUGCUUGGGAAAUCUCAACACCUCACUGUGAACAGAAGAGGACCACCAGAGCCAAGGUUAGUUCUGGGCUGCCAGGCACAUUUCAUCCCCACAAAGACAUUUCCCUCCUUCAGCACCUCUGUUCUUUCACAACACUUGCACAAAUGUGUGAAUGCUGCAGACCCAGAGAAGAACAAGAAAGUGCAGAGUGCCAACAAAAUCCUUGUGGCUGUGCUGCAAGACUCCUGCUGGUUUUUGUAGGCACAGGUAUUGGGUGAACAGAAUCCAGGAUGGAUCUGGACAGCAUAUGUGUCCUUUAUUUAAUCCAAGUUUUCUCUCUGUGGAAGGAGGUGUUCCUCAGGCUGGAGCUCCUUCUGUUCUGGUGGAUCCUCUCCAUUAGUGAUGCCCACUGUGGAGUUGGGUAUUGUCUAAACAAGCUCCCUCAGGAGCCAGUGGAUGGAGAUGCACACACAGGCCCUGUCUCAGGUUAACUUUAUUUCUGGAGGUGCUGCUCUCACUUUGCUCCCUGCAGAUAAAAAGGAUGGACUGGACACUUCCAGGUGACUAACUCAAGAGAGAAUGAGUCUCACUUCUGCUUCCCAGUGUGGCUUUGGGACACUUCCAAAGGAACACUGCCAUCAGCUCAGGGGCAGGUAACUGCUCUCCGUGGUGCAGCAGACAUGCAGUACCUGGUGCCUCUUGCUCCAGGGAUCCCAUGGCUGCACAAAAUGUGAAUUUUUUGGCAUGGUACUGGUGUGCCAAGUCCUUGCUUAGCUGGACUUUGUCAUGCUUGGCUCCCAGCUGUGCCCAGAGCACUGUGUCUGUCCUCCUGCCAGGGGAGGUGGGAGCUCUCCAAGCCCGGGGAUGGAUGCUACCCUUCCUUGCUGCUGGCUGGAGUGCCUGUCCCCCACGGUGCUGUGUGCAGGACACAUGCAGCGUGUUGGCCUUCUCAAAGGGGUUUUGUACAUAAAAUAAAUGGCACUACUUUGG